AUGGUGAACCAAAUCGAGUCUAUCUGCCAUACCUCUUCUCUCCUCUCGUCGCCACAAAAAUCAAUGUCUUCGGAAUUUCCUUUAUUCAGACUCCCAUUGAUAGUACUAAAUCAUGGGCUUAAAUUGAUGACUCCAUUCGAAAUAUUAUCCCUGUCGCUAUGCAGUAAACGGUGUAAAACAGUAUGUCAGUCACUUCGAAACCAACUGAAAUGUAAAGAGAAAGCAGUGAAAUUUCAAUUGAAAUUUUCGAAAAAGAGAGAAAUACUAUUGGAAUUCAAUUAUUAUCAAAAUACUCGAUGGAUUUUCGUUAUGGCUAUAAAAGGACAUCGAGAAACAAUUAUUGAUAAGUUAUACUCGAUUUUUCAAAGAAAGAAUUCGGACAAACAUGAGUUCUCGGAAACAACAUACGGGGUUCAUAUACCCAAUUGGAUUCCAACUGAACGUUCUCUGGAGGCAAUUAGAGAUCAGAAUGCUGUGGAGGAGAAACUUCUGAAAUUUUACGUACCCAUGGAAGAUGGAUGUUUCGGAUUUCGCACAUUCAUCAGUCAUCUAUCCUAUAUUUUCAAUAUAACACUGACUGAUCUGGAACUCCACUUCCAAGACUUUACACGAUAUGAAAACGAAAUAAUAAUAUAUUUAUAUUGUUGGAAUAGAAGAGACACUAAUUGUGUGAAAGCAUUGACAUUGAUUGGAGAAUCAGUGAACACACCAGAAGAUGAUGAAGUUCUGUAUCACAUUCUGAAUCGACAAGAAGCGAAAUGCCAAUUGACACUCGACAUAAAACCAACUUCUAAAUUUCAUUUCCAUGGAGACCUACUUCGACACAGUACUAACCAAUUGAUCGUUCGAAAUUCCGACUGGCUGAGUUGCAGUGAACUUUCAUGCUUCGAUUCGUUUUCCGUUUGGAUAUUCAAUUCAAAAAUAAUUGAAUUUAAUAUAGAGUUUAUGAUUGAACAAUGGUAUUCUGUAUGGACACCGAAAUGGACUCUAGCAAUGAUAGAGCUCAUAUUCAUAAAUAUAGACGAUUUCAUAAACAGAGUUAGAGAAAGAAUCCCAGCUGGACUAAUCGCAGUCAGAUCUGAAGAAACAAUUGAGGGUCCAGAUGGUCUUUCACACAGAAUAAAGUAUUCUAUUCGUCGUGGCGAUGGAACAAUUGGAGAGUUUCUCGUAGAAAACAAUAAAUAUCUAUAUAUCAAAGCCAGAGGAAACACUGAUAUUUCACUCUCCACAUUCAUCUCGAUGACCAAAUCAAUGAUGUGA